CCUUGGUGGUCUAGCUAGCAGUAGUAUAACCUUCAUCCUCAACGCUAGUGAACACUGGCGACGACGAGGAAAGGCCUAGGAGGAGGAGUAACAGUGCUUGUAUGCGCUAAUUCGGGCGCAAGGCCACAGCGUGAGAACAUCGCGCUCAUGUCGGUAAGGACAGGCUCUGUCGUUUUUCCUCCUUCAUCCCCACCAUUUCUCUUGUCGCCCUCGUCUCGCUCUGCUCUUCUGUAACAUCAACGAAACAACCACUCGCUUUUCUUAUACUUCACUUUUGCUUUUCCGCCUAAUACCGACUCCUCCACCCCCGUCGUUGCCCCCGGCUCGUGCUCUCUAGCUCCUAAGUACACGUUUCGCUCGGCAAACGCACUCCAUAACCUGUCCAUCCACACACCUCGCCUCCUCCCCCCAUUUAAUUAGGACCAGUUCUUGCAGUACACCGCCUUGCUUUACCUUCUUGUCUCCUCUAUCGACCGUUAUCACCCCUGAACGUUUGAACAAAGAUGGCUGCUGCAUCUACUUCGGGUCUUUCCGCGUCAGUUACGCGCAUCCUCGCGCUGACUGGAUUCUCCAAGGACCUCAAGACCAAAGAUUUCCACACCGCCUUCUCGGAAUGGGAGAAUGUUAACGGAGGCUACAAGAUCAAAUGGAGGGAUGACACCAGUCUUUUGAUCGUUUUCCAGGAUGCUUCUGCUGCCAAGAGAGCCUAUCUCAAUGCACUGGCUUUUCCUCCUUCCAUUCUCACCGACACGCCCGGUGCUACCAUCAAGCCGUAUGAUGGUCCUGAUGCUCAGGUGGUCAUUCAAACAGUCAAUACCCGUGGCCAGCACGCGAGCAACCCUUCCCGCGGACACAACAUACGCGCAGCCUCCAUUUCGGUUUUUCCCAGCCGUAGCAGCAACAACAGCCAGAACGGCAGUUCCUUUCGGAACGGAGCGCAGAGCGGACCACUGAACGGCACCAUCUCGGAGCACUCGCCGCGCAUGAACGGGAAUGGGAACAAUGGGCGCGAGCAUUCGCCUACGCUGCCCACCUUGCCUUCGCACCCCUCGCUGAACGACCUCAUCAACUCUGUGGUCUCAUCGGAUGACCCUGCAAUCGUUCAUGCGGAGGGACCUCCGAAGAUCGGUGACCCGGGGAAACGCAUGCUGGGAGCGGCGUUGGGUGUCAGACACCCGGGCCUGGGUCCGCGCGCGGUACAUGGCGGUAGCCCUGGGAGCCAGAACGAUCUGCACCGUGCUAUGGGUGGACUGACCGUUGCUGAGUAAGCGGAGUUUGGGGAUGGGCCAAACGUGUGUUUUUUCUUUCCUGUGGAAGAGGUUUAUUUCCGAAGUUUUUUUUUUGAUGCGAGGGGUCCACCGUGACCUUGAUGUUUUCCGAGCGUGUUUGAUUCGAGGCGCUUUCUUCCACCGGUUCGUCGUCUAUGUGCUUUUAGCCCCAUCGUCCUCAUGUCGCAUGAUGUCGUCCCUCUUUUUUAUAUACAUAAUACGCCAAUUUGCCUGCAGGCAACUACAUACAUACAUAUGCAUACGCGACGCUGAUGCGAGGAAGAAGGAAAUAAAUGAGCAUAACGCUUGACCGCGUGAAAUUUGAAGCG